AUGGUAAUUAAGGGUAACAAAUCUGCUGAAUACACUUUCUCAACCAAUUUGCAGCACAUUUGUACUUGGAAAGGGAAAUACGGUUGUGCACAAUUCCAGCUGGAACCAACUGAUUCUAAUGCUCUUGGCACACUCUUCGCUCUGGUACUCCCCAUCUCCACAACAUUCAUUGGUGGCGGUCUUCAGGGUUCGUUGGUGUGGUUUUCUGCUACAAAAAGCGCCUCAGAGCAAUUGUUGGAUUGUCCCUUUAGCAAUCAUCUGCUACUAUCUGUGAUCAUGUCUACCAUUAGGAAACUUGCUCUUUAUACUGUUGGGGAAAUAAUACUGUUAAUUUUAAUUGCUAUACCUACUGUUGUUCUUCAGUUUACUGCACCGUUUCAAAGCGGAUUCUUUCCAAAUGACACCACUAUUGCAUAUCCUCAGCGACCCAACACAGUUUCUAUGGUUUGGGCCGCAUUCUUCGGACUAGGAGCACCACUGCUCGCCAUUUUUAUAAUUGAAAUAUAUAUUUCUUACCAUGACCGAUUUCCUCGAGACUCAGACACCAAUAUACCAGUUGUUAUCAUCCAACUCUAUAAACUACUUGGGUUGGUGGCCUUCUCGUUCGCCGCCGUUUUGCUGAUCGUUCAAGUUGGAAAGGAGUCUAUCGGCAGUUUAAGGCCGUUUUUCCUCGAGGCUUGUAAACCAAGUAAUAAUAUUGGCGAGGCCUACCAGCCCGUAAUCAUUUGCUCCGCCGAUAAUGCUCGGCUGAUUGAGGAAGCCAGAAUGUCUUUUCCUUCCGGUCAUUCAUCUGCCUCUGCUUGGGGUGCGGCCAUGACAGCAUUUUACCUGCAAAUUCGCUUCCCAAAAUGCCCCAUACCAAUGCUUAAGGCCUUCUUCCAGAUCUCUGUUGCCAUCAUCGCCUAUUACAUCUGCUUAACGCGGAUUCAGGAUAAUUGGCAUCGUCCAACUGAUGUAAUCGUCGGCUCAAUGCUUGGCGUUGCGGCUGCUGCCAUGAUUUUCCUAAUUCCAGUUGCUCAGACGGUGCGAGUUAAAGACUCAGAAAACUCUUUUGCUCCAGUCAACGUUUCGGCGUAA